AUGAUUAAUAAAGCUGAUCAUUAUCAGCAGCUUGGAAUCUCAAAAAAUUCCACUGCAAGCGAGAUCAAAUCAGCGUACAAGAAAUUGGCCUUGAAAUAUCAUCCGGAUAAGAAUAAAGAGGUUGGCGCACAAGAAAAAUUCAAAUUGAUAGUUGAUUCAUACAACGUGCUAUCUGAUCCUACAAAGAAAUCCGAGUACGAUAGAAAGAAUGACAAUUCUCAGCAAUGGAGCAGAAACAAUUAUAACGCAGGAAACCCAUAUAAUGUCAACACCACUGCGCCUUCGUUCAAAACAUGGACGCGCCCUAAACCUUCAUCAUUCUAUAGCAAUUUUGCAACCAGUGCUAAUUUAUUCGAGUCGAUGAAAAGUGGGAAUUCAUUCAGUAACUUCAAAGAUGCUUUCAAUUUCCAUUCUACUCAAAAUAAUGAUAUGGGUGAGGAAUGGUUUCGGUCAAGUGCCAAUUCAUAUCGUACCUGGAAAUCGAAACCAACAUCAUUCGGCAAUCCGAACGUUAACUCAUAUAAUACACAGCAAGAGCAUAAAGCUUCGAAAUACCAACAGAGUAAUCAGGCUGAUAAUUGUACUUCCCAACAACCUUUUCACCAACAAAAUGAAAAACAAAAGGAGAAAAAAAAGGCGAAAAAAAAAGAUAGAACAAAGCAAUACAAAAUGCAAGGUAAUAUCUAUCCAGAUAUACAUAACAAUCCACCCCCGAGUGAUAAAGAGGACCCAUCAAAAAACGAAGUGCCAAACGAAACAAUAAAAACCUCGAAGUCUGAUGUUGACAGUAAUAUAAAGAGUACCGGCAGUGGAUGUCGGAGUGGAUCAAAGACCAGUUACUCCUAUGUAUCCACGGAGAAAACAUAUAUGCCUAGGAGCAGCAUUAAAGUUAAACCAGCUCCACAGAAACUGGAUGACGUUGAUUUUAAAUCUGAGCCUAUGGGAUCUACUUCUAAGAGUGGUAAGGCCCAUUAUUACGGAGGCUGGGCUGACAGCAAAAAUGAAAACCAAAAUGAUGGUAAUGCCAGCACUGAGAAGAAGGUCAAAACAGAGAUGAAAUCGUCGCCAAAAAGAAAAUCUAGCACAAGUAACACUCCAAAGAAACAAAAUCUUGCUGAGACCAGAAUGUCUCCCAAGAGCAAUAGAACCGCUGCGAGAGAUACCGAAGAUUUUCUGGACAAAUUCGAAAAGUCUAGAAGAGAGAGUAAUUGCAGCGAAGGAACUGAAAGCAAUCCUAUAGUGAUUGACGAAGAUCGGCCUGCUUCCUCUGCAACUGCUUCAACUUCUUCCACUUCCCCUAAUCCUGUUUCAAAUGGUAUGCUGAAAAAGGAUGGAGGAUGUUUUAAUUAUAAGCCAGAAGCUGCCAAAAGCCAAAAAACUGAUAAAGAAUUGAAGGAUGAUCUUCUAGAAAGCCUAUUACGUGAGGGUGAGAACAGUAUGGGAGCGGCAUAUGCCAAAAGACCAAAGGUGGGUCCUGCAACACCGAUGAAAUCGGGAAGGUUUCCUGAUAUUUCUCAGUCGACUUUCAAGUCUGAGCACCCAUUUCCAAAUUAUUCUGGAAGAGGUAUAAGAACGCAGUUGGAGGAUUCCGACUCUAGUAAUGAUGACGAUGAUGAUGUUAUGUUUAUUGAAAAAACAAAAUAUGAUAGCAAUAAUUAUUACAAAAAUAGCGCUAAUGACAGUGACUCUAAUCAUGAUGAUCGUAAUAAUUAUCAUCCUCAUGGUGCUGAUAACAAUAUCGAUGGUGAUAAUGUUGAUGACAAUAAUGAAGAUAAUGGAAAACUAAAUCAUGAGACAUUUGGAUUUAACGGCACAAAUUCCUCGACAUCGGAACUUGGUACAAAAUUUACUUGUUUUGAUCAAUCGCGUUUUGGUUUUGAUAAUGAUAGUUCAAAGCUUCAUUUCCCCAAAGAAACAAUUGGCUCUUCGGACUCAAAUUUCAACAUAAAGCGUGUAAACGCUACGGUCAGAAAUGAAAACACUGGAGACAAAAAUGAUUGGCGUGCGAGAACCCAAAAGAUUUUCACUGUAGAGGAUGAUGAUGAUGGUGAUGAUUAUGAUCAAGACUUGGAAUCCGAUGUUGAGGUAAGACCCAACAUUUUCCCUAGUACAAAUAGUGAACCAUCGGGAUCCAAAAAAAGAAAGAAGGCUUACAUUGAUACCACUACUGAGAAUGACAAAGGUAGCGCUGAAAAUUUGUUUCUGAUGCCCGAUAUAGCUAAUAUCCCACCAUUCACUCAGAAUAAACCGAAGAAUUUUGAUUUUGAGAUUCUUAGAUCAAGUCUUGAUCAUCAUUAUAAGCUGCAAAUAAAUGAAGAUAAACUGCUGGCUACAAGACAGACGAAUCAAAAGCCUGAUUUUGAAUCUUCUACUGGAAAAUAUGAAAGUCUCCAUACUCCGGUGAACAAAACAUUACCCUUUGUUCAUUCCACGUUCCGCAAGUUGACUUCUCAAGAUUUUGCUGUAGAUCGCCAAAUUUUAUUGAAUGCUCCGCCGGUAGGACCUCAAAAAAUGGCUAAUGCUUCAAAAUUAAGCUGGGCAAAAUAUUAUACGGAAAUGAAAACCUACAAUCAAAGGUGGUUGAACUAUCGCCAAAAAGUGGACUCUUACCAUAGACAUCGUCUUGAGGCCUUGUUUAAAUAUUUUGAUGAUGCUUUGGACUCGUCAGUUAAUCUAGAAGUUUACAUGGCGGGCAUUGAACUAGAUCAACAGGUACUGGAGGAAUUUACGAGAGCCCAGAAUGCUUACAUGAGCGCUAUGCAAAACUACUAUGGAGUUUUCUUUCACCUAAAAACUCAUGGUUUUAGUUAA